AUGAAAGGACGGUCAGACUAUAUUAAGGUGAGCAAUGAGCCAGAUGACGAAGAAGCCUCGCUCAUGACAGACCGACAACAACAACAGCGCGAGAUGAACAAGCAGGACGAAGAUCUCGACGUGCUGCAUAGCGCAGUCAAGAAGUUGGGGGUGAUGAGUAGCAACAUCAGCACCGAGUUGGACGUUCAAAACCGAAUGCUUGACGAGGUCAAUUCCGAAACCGACCGCGCCCAGGAGAACUUGGACAUCAUAACAAAAAAGACGCGGGAGCUGAUCAAAGAAGCAGGGGGAAUGAAGAACAUGUGCAUCAUCAUCGGCCUCAGCUUGCUGCUUGUGGUCCUGACGUAUUUGGUAAUAAUGACUUAA